UUAAAAAAUCUAUCUAUCCCCUUUCAAUCGAUAUGGCUGAUCAAAAACCUCUUAUGAUCUGGUCAGAUGCCAACAACUACUAUGAAUCAUUCAUCCAAGAAGACAUAUUCUCGUUUCUCGAUCAAUCACUUUUCAUCGACCAAAAUUUUUGCAGCUCUUUCAUUAACCCUUUUAAGGAUUUCCAAACUCAAAGUUGGUUUUGUUUCCAAGAUAGCAUUGUUAAUCCUUACUAUACUACCUUUGCGGCUGAUGAUACGUUUCUGGCUUCCCUUGGUCUUGAAGCCAUCUCUAGUACUUUCUCUCUAGAUGUAUUGAGCGGAUGGUGGAAUGAGAAUAAUGGUAACUGCAACGAUCAGGUCGAACCAAUUUCAAGAAAUACUAAUAGCAUGGGAGAUCCAAAUUCGGAGAAAAUAUGUUAUGAAAAUGAUAACACAAAGACACUAAAAGAGACAAGAAGCCAGAAGAGGAUAAUAGUGAAGAGGCGAUAUAGAGAAGAUAUGGUCAGUAGUAGAUUGUCAAGGGAAAUGAUGAAGCAGUACUUCUACAUGCCGAUAGCUAAAGCAGCCAAGGAGCUUAAUAUUGGAAUAACUCUCCUGAAGAAAAAAUGUCGUGAGUUAGGUAUUCCUCGAUGGCCUCACCGUAAGCUCUCAAGCCUUAAUACUCUAAUUACUAACCUCAAGGACUCAUUACGGAAUACGGAGGAAACGAACAAGAGUAAGCUGAGGAACGCUUUGGAGCUUUUGGAGAUGGAAAAGAAGAUGAUUGAGGAGGUUCCUGAUUUGACAUUUGGGGAAAAGACUAAGAGGCUGAGGCAGGCUUGCUUCAAGGCUAAUUACAAACGGAGACGGGUCUUCUCGUCUUCUUCAUAAGAGCAAGAGCUCGUCUCUACUCUCUAGUGUGUUGUGAUCUAACCUUCAGUGACUUAAGUUUAGGUUGUUACUACUACUACUGUUUGUGUUGUGUAAGACGAAGAAGAGUGAUGGAGUUAUACGUAUCACACUAGUCUCUUUUGAUGCUAGAUUAAUUCUCGAUGAAAACUUGGUUUUUGG